AUGGCUGAUUUCUCCCAGUACGGCACGCCUAGCGAGGAAUGGCGCAAAGUGAGCAACUUGGUGCCUGCUCCUCACCCUGGCUUGUCUUUUAUUGAGAGGAGGGAGCACAGCAAUCGUACACGUGAACAACUCUCUGCCGAUGAGAUGAAGAUUUGGGAACCUUUGGUUCAGAGAAAAGAUCAUACGAUUCCCACCCGGGAUCAAUCAACUAUUGAGGCUCGCAGCUAUCGACCGGCGAAUGCCGACACGACAGGAAAGCCUCCGGUAUUGCUGUACCUCCAUGGCGGCGGGUUCUUUUCCGGCACCAUCGCCACUGAAGAUGCUACUUGCUCUCGUCUCGCCGUCCACAACAACGCCAUCGUCCUCAACGUCUGCUAUCGGCAUACUCCCGAGCACACGUAUCCUACGGCGUGGGAUGAUACCCAUGACGCUUUUGAAUGGCUCCAUGAUCACAUCGUUGAUCUGGGCGGCGACUAUCAGCGGGUGCUCGUGGGGGGCAUCUCAUCAGGAGCCUACCUGGCGGCAUCCUUUGUGCUCGAGAAGCAUCUAGGUCGGCGGUGUGUGUCCCGCCCAGCUAUUGCAGGCCAAAUACUCAUGGUUCCGUGUUUGCUCAACACUUCCUGCCAUGGGCCGAUACUCAAGAAAUUCAAGGACCCUGCUGUUUGUUCUUUACAACAACUCUGCAACGCACCAACGCUCCCUAUGUCUACUUUCCAAAUGAUUACUAAAAUGCUACAAAUUCCAGAUCCAAAAGAAGAAGACCUUCGUUUGAAUCCGGGCUAUGUCUCAGCCUCACGAGCAGAAGGACUACCCCCCACGGUAAUCGUAACAGCUGGUAUGGACAUUCUUAGAGACGAGGGAUUGCUAUACGCAAAAACUCUGACAGAAGCAAGUGUUCCAACAGAUGUGCACGUGGUUCCAGGCUUACCGCAUGCCUUUGCAGCGAUUCCGGGAUUGAGCGAGGGCAAACAACGUUGGAACAAGAUUCUGGACGGGGCAAUUGUUUGGGCCCUGUCGAAACCUACCGCUAAAGAAAAUUUUAGUAUUCAAGCUGAGUAG